AUGACUGAUCGCAAGAGAAAAGCCGAGGAGAUUCCAGAGGAGCAACUCCAGGAAAGCAAGAAACAGCUUUUGGAAGAAGCAGCCAACCAAUCUGGAGAUGAUGAUUAUUCCAGUGUUCCCGACACCGAAGCGACGAGAGAAGAACAGCCAGAGCCCGAAGUCGCUGGUCAGACGGAACCCGCUCCUGAACAAAAAACCGCAGAUGCACCACCAGAAACUGCCUCGACUGAAGAACCAAGCAAUGUUCCUACUCUAGAAACUGUAAUUCCUUUCAAGCGACUGAUUUUGCUGAAUAUUGAAGCCACCUGCGACGAAAAUGCCACCAAUCCUGCUGCCGUCCAAGUAACCAAGGAAAAUUCGGAAGCUAUUGAAUUGGCUUUUGUGGUGGUGGAUGCUUCCAACCUGGAGGUAUUGCAUAAACAGCAAAUCUAUAUCCGUCCCGAACGUACGCCUUUGACCAACUUUUGCACCACUGUCACCGGCAUCACAUGGGAUAAGCUUGAGUCGGCCGGCACGUUGAAAGACGCCAUUGAUCAACUGGAUACCUAUAUUCGCAACGAGAUUGAAGCCAAGGAUCUUAGUUUUUGCUUUGUCACUCACGGUGGAUGGACGCUGCGUAUCCAACUCCCUCGAGAAGCAAGAGAUAAAAACAUUGAAUUGCCUCAGUAUUUGGCGUUCAGCCGUCUAUUUGAUUUGAAGCAAGAAAUGCAGCGCUGGCAACUGCAUCAUCCUGAGGUGAGCCUGCGCGCUGUAUCGAUUCGAGAAAUGUGCGAUACCUUUCACUUGGAGCGAGUCACGGAGCACACGGUGGGAUUGAACGCCUGUCUCUCCACGGUCAAUGUGAUGCGAUAUCUUACGGGAUUCCGCCAUCCCGAUGUAUUUGUCAAUGCUAUCGAUACCAACGCGGAUUUGCAGCAAUUCAAAAAAGAGGAAUCCAAAGUGAUUCAUCUAGCUUGUCUUCCUUAUGAAGUCACUCAAGGGGAAUUGGAAGCUUGGUUUUCGUCUAACGGUCUGCGUCCAACCGUCAUGUGGAUGAUCCAACCGACCGAUCAUUCCAAGCCUAGUAUUUCUGGAUUUGUCGUGUUUUCAUUUCACGCGGAUGCGAUGCGAGCUUUGCAGUUAAAUGGACGAUGUCUGGGUGAUAAAGCGGUGGAAGUAUCUCCUAGCAGUGAACGUGUGAUUGAAGCCGCCGGUAACAUGCUGGCCCCAUUCCCUACUCAAGCCAAAACGCGUCAGUUACGACCAGGCGACUGGAAUUGCCCCAACUGCGAUUUCCACAACUUUGCUUCGCGACGCAACUGUUUCAAAUGCAAUGCUGAAAAUCCCAAUCCUGCAGCUGCCCCAACUCCUCAUCACUCCUCCUUCCACCAUCCCAACUAUGUAGCCGGCGAUUGGAACUGUCCCAACAGCGCCUGUGGUUUCCACAAUUACGCCUCCCGUGUACAAUGUCUCAAAUGCGGUGCACCGCGACCUCAUGGAGCGGGGUCGGGAGGUCACCAUCACGCCAGCAUGCCUCCACCAAUGGCGGGCGGCUAUGGUGGUCCACGUCCUUCCCCUCACAUCUCCUUCCGUCCCGGUGAUUGGUAUUGCCCGAACCCCAACUGUGGUUUCCAGAAUUUUGCAUCAAGAGCCACCUGUUUGCGAUGCCACUCAUCAAAUCCCAACUCUGGGGGUUCCAGCGGCUACUCGCCUCAGCCUGGUAAUUAUGGCGGCUAUAAUCCGGCCGAUCCCGGCUACAACAGUUCGUCCACUGGGUAUAGUGGUGGCUAUGGUGGAGCGCCUCCUGCGCCUGGAAGCUCCUACGGUGGAGGUUACGGCGCCCCAAUGUAUGGAGGCGGCCAUCCACCCGUCCCAGGAGGUCAUCAUCAUGGUUCCAGCUUCCGUCCUGGAGACUGGUAUUGGUAA